GCCCCGUCCCGCCCCGCGCGCGCUCCUUUUGUGUUCUGAGCGGGGCUCUCGCGGCCUCCUUCCCUCGGAGGAGAGCAGAUUUUAUUAUGGAGAACUUUAUUUUGUAUGAAGAGAUUGGAAGAGGAAGCAAAACAGUUGUAUAUAAAGGCAGAAGAAAAGGAACUAUUAAUUUUGUGGCUAUUUUGUGCACUGAGAAAUGCAAGAGAGCUGAAAUAACGAACUGGGUGCGCCUUACUCAUGAAAUUAGGCACAAGAACAUAGUAACAUUUCAUGAAUGGUAUGAAACAAGCAAUCACCUCUGGCUUGUGGUGGAAUUGUGCACAGGUGGAUCACUGGAAAUGGUAAUUGCUCAAGAUGAAUGUCUACCUGAGGUGGUUGUGAGGGAAUUUGGCGUUGAUUUGGUUACUGGACUCCAUCAUAUUCACAACCUUGGAAUUCUCUUCUGUGACCUUACACCUGGGAAGAUUCUCCUUGAAGGGCCUGGAACACUGAAGUUCAGUAACUUUUGCUUGGCUAAAGCAGAGGGUGAAAACUUGGAGGAAUUUUUUGCUUUAAUUGGAACAGAAGACGGAGGAGGUGAUAGUGAUGAAAACUCAAGACAAAAUCUGAAGAACAGAUUCAGAGGUACACUGUCAUAUAUUGCUCCAGAAGUGAUAGAAGGAAGUGACUUCUCUAUAGCCAGUGAUCUGUGGGCAUUGGGCUGUUUGUUAUAUGAAAUGUUUUCAGGAAGACCUCCGUUCUUCUCCAAAAGUGUUACUGAAUUAGCAGAAAAGAUUUUACAUGAAGAUCCUUUCCCACCUACACAGCAAGGAUCAGCACCUCUAGAACCAUCUUCAGACUUCCUUACCUUGCUUGAUUCUUUACUUCAAAAGGAUCCUCAGAAGAGAUUGACUUGGGCCAAGCUGUUGCAGCAUCCUUUCUGGAAAGAUGCUUUUAUCCAAAUUCCCAGUGACAUAAUCUCCAGCCAAGAAACAAGCUCUAGUUUGAACAGCAGCAAAAAAGCUGGACUGCUUGAACCUGGAGAGUCUGAGGUUCAAUUAGAGAGUAAAAGUCUACCAGACAUUAUGUUGCCAAGAACAGAAAACAAUCAACUUAACAGAUCUUUCAAGCUGGAAAAUCCAGAAGAACUACGCCCUAAAAGUGCUGUUGAUGGUGAAUCAAAUGAAUCUAUAUUUCUUCUCAGUUCUCGUCCCACGCCUAGAACUACUAACACAGUGGAAAUAAACAAUGCUGCUGCUGUUCUAGCUACACAUUCAGCACACACAGCAUCUCCAAGUCCUUCAGCAAAGGAUAAAAACAUAUGCUGCAGCCAGCAGGAUAUAGAGUCCAAAGUGAAAGAGCUCAUCUUUUUGGAGUCUGACUUUAUUGUCACCCCUGUAAUUGAUAAUCCAAAGAUAGUGAAGCAACCACCAGUGAAAUUUGACGUGAAAACUUUACACGUACCAGCACAUUCAGCUGAGAAAUUGUUGAUACUAAAAGAAGACGACUGGAAUGACUUCUUAUACCAAGUAUGUCAGCUGACUGACUCCCCAGAGAAGAGCACAGGGGCAGCCAGAGUUAAACUGAAUUUACUUUGCUACCUCUGCACUGUGGUUGGCAAUAAGGAAGUAGCCACUAAGUUAAUCAGCACACAGCUGUUCCCUGUGCUACUACAACAGUUGCGGAUAGCUCCAAACUGGGACAUACGUGCCAAAGCAGCUCGAGUGAUUGGUUUACUGGCAUUGCAUACAACUGAGCUUAAAGAGACUGUUCCUGUUAUAGAGGCAGUCACCCUCUUAACGGAACUGAUCAGAGAAAAUUUCAGAAACAGCAAACUGAAACAGUGCCUUUUACCUACCCUUGGAGAACUGCUUUAUCUUGUGGCCGACCAGGAAGGGAAAAAGGAGCACCCCAGAGAAUGCUGGGCCCUUCCUUCAGCUGCUUACACUGUGCUAAUGAGGUGCCUUCGGGAAGGGGAAGAACGAGUUGUGAACCAUAUGGCAGCAAAGAUUGUUGAAAAUGUAUGCUCCACCUUCUCUUCUUAUGCUCAGGGAUUUAUUACUGGAGAAAUUGGACCAAUAUUGUGGUAUCUUUUUACACAUUCAACCAUAGAUUCUUUGAGAAUAACUGCUGUUUCGGCGUUAUGCAAAAUUACUCGUCACUCACCUAGUGUUUUCCAGAGUGUGAUUGAAAAGGUGGGAUUACCAGCAGUGAUACAUUCACUUGCAACUGGAAUAUGCAAAGUUCAACAGCACAUGAUGACUAUGUUCUCUGCUAUGUUGUCAUGUGGAAUCCAUUUGCAAAGGCUGGUUCAGGAAAAGGACCUUGUGACUACAGUUAUUCGAAUGUUUGAAAGUCCUUCUGCCUCCAUUCGAGCAAAAGCUUUUUUAGUCUUGUUACAAGUUUUAAUUAAUAAUAAAGAGAUGCUUCUUCUGAGCUGCCAAGCAAGAUUGGUGAUGUACAUUGAAAGAGACAGCAGAAAGGCCAUGCCAGGAAAAGAGCAGCAAAGCAGCAAUGAAUACCUGUCAAAAUGCCUGGAUCUUCUCAUCUAUCACAUUGUGCAGGAACUGCCACAAAUUCUAGGUGACAUUCUUUCUGCUUUAGCAAACAUAUCAGGACGUAAACACCCAUCAACAAUUCAAGCUAAGCAGCUGAAAGGGUGCCUUCCAAUGAUGCCUGUGGUACUUCAUCUUGUGACAUCCCAGGUAUUUCGUCACCAAAUUGUAACUGAGGAGUUUCUGUGCAGCUAUGGAACUUUGCUGAGUUUUGUCAAAUUAAUAGAUUCAGGAGAAACUAACUUAGAUGGAGCAAUAGGUCAAACAGCUUCAGAAGAACUAGUUAAGACUGCUUUUUCAGUAUUUGAAGCAAUAAUGCAACAUCCAGUAGUGUUAACGCUUUACCACUCAACGGUUAUGGAUUACAUCCUCCCACCCUUAGUUUCUUUGGUCUCCAGUCAAAAUGUGGAGUGGAGACUCUUCAGCUUGCGGCUGCUCUCAGAAACCACAUCACUGCUUGUGAGCCACGAGGUCAUGGCUGAAGAGAAAGAGAACCUUAACUCAAACAACAAACUUCUGUCUCUCAUUAAAGACUCAUUGCUGCCUCAGUUUGAGCAAAUUCUAAUGGCACCUGACCCAGUACCUGCUUAUGCUCUAAAGCUGUUAGUUGCCCUUACAGAGUAUAGCCCUGUUUUUACAAGCCUUAUUGAAGAAAUUCAUCUUGUUCCAACUAUUUUUCAAGUAAUUCUGGAACAUCAAGGUGCACUUCUGGGGAAUACAAUGCAAAAUGCAGUGGCAGUCUUGAAUAACCUGGUUUCCUGUAGGAAAGCAAACAUGACAUUACUUUAUGAGCAAGGUCUGGUCCAUCACAUCUGUAAUCUUCUAAUAGAAACUGCAGCUCUUUGCUUGGAUGCAGAUGAUAAAAGCAACAUCAAGACAGCAAAUACGUUGCUUCUGUCCUUGCUUGAUAUUUUGCACCAUAUGCUGAUCUACACUGCAAAUAUUGUCCGCCUGACACUACAGGCACAGAAAUCUGGCACAGGAGGGGACACUCAAACCGCUGAGGACCUUCUGCUUAUCAACAAACCCCUGACGGAUCUAAUUAGCCUGCUUAUUCCAUUGCUUCCAAGUGACGACAAUGAAAUAUAUGUGAAUGCAUCACAGUGCCUGUCUUUGUUAGUGCAACUCUAUGGUGGAGCCAACAUGGAUAGUAUGGCUCCAGAAAAUAUGGACAGCUUUGCUGAAGUACUACAGUUCAAAAAGGAAGUGAAAGAUCAGAAGCUUCUGCUGAGAAUCAUUAAAAGACUGAUAACUUCAAAUGAAAAGCACUCUGAAAGCCUGAAGAAUGAUGGAGAAAUGCUUGUUCGCACACUAGAAAGAUUGGCCCAGACUGCCAGCUUCCACGCCGAUAUAGCGAUUGCUUCCUUGGCAAAUGAAAUCCUCAAGAAAAUUGAGCACUAUCAAGGCUCAUUCAGCUAAGACAGUUGUUGCUUUAGAAAUAGCGUAAAUAAAAAUUCUCAUU